CUGGGAUUCGGGACACCGGGAGCGAGCGAACAGCCAACAGCGGACCGGGCGUGGGGUGCACUGUGUCAAUCCACGAACAGAAUAGGCUGCUGGAAGGAGUUCAGCAAGACUCUACUUACCCAGUUCUAAACCGGGCUUCUUGGAAUCUCUGCGAGGAACACUUUUGAACACAAAGGAGGGCUCCACGGCACACUUUCCCAGCAGCGCUCUCCACGAUCACAAUGGGUUGAUUCUGCUCUUCAAAGAGCCCUAGUUUCCAGUUGACCAGUUUACCGGCUAACCCACAGCCCGAUGUCUGAGGAUUCGGACUCCAAGCGGUACCUUUACUCUUCCCUCGAGGACCAGGAUGGAGGGGGCCACCAUCCAUUUGGAGAAGGUGGGAUGGCAGCCUGUGGCUCCAUGUCCCAGCUGCAUCUCAUGAGUGGCUACGGGGAGGGUCGUGGCCACGCGUGCGAAGAGGUGGAGCUGGGUCUGGCGUCCGAAGGCAGCGACAGUAGCAGCCAGGAGCAUGGCGCCCUGCCCCGUGAUGACAGGAAGAGGGUCGUCCAUUCACUGCACGAGGAGGACAUGGAGAUGAAGAGCAGUGGCUCCAGUGGAAGUGGGAGCGAGUCUCACGGUAACGAAUCUCACGGUAACGAGUCUCACGGCAACGAGUCCCACGGGAACGAGUCGCUGCGCAGCUCCAGCGGCAACAGUAAGGACUCCGCCCUGCUGGAGUCUUCUGGGAGCAACAAGAGUUCCAACUCCCACAGCCCUUCACCCCCCAGCAGUUCAAACGCAUUCAGCCUGCUGAGUGUCAGUUCUGAGCAGGACAAUCCAUCUACUAGUGGCUGCAGCAGUGAGGAGUCUGCCAAGGUCAAGACCCAGAAGGAGUUGAUCAAGACACUGAAAGAACUGAAGCUGCACCUGCCCUCGGAGAAGAGGAAUAAGCGGAGCGCCUCUAGUACCCUUAACACACUCAAAUAUGCCCUGCGGUGCGUGAAGCAGGUCAAAGCCAAUGAGGAGUACUAUCAGAUGCUCAUGAUCAACGACAGUCAACCUUCAGGCUCAGACGUUUCUUCAUACACUAUUGAGGAGAUUGAUAGCAUCACGUCUGAAUAUACCAUGAAAAACACAGACAUUUUUGCUGUUGCCGUGUCCCUCAAUACGGGCAAGACUGUGUACAUCUCAGACCAGGCUGCCUCCAUCCUCAACUGCAAGCGAGACAUGUUUAAAAAUGGCAAGUUCGUGGAAUUCCUCACUCCGCAAGAUGUCAACGUGUUCUACAGCUUCACAACACCCUACCGGCUGCCGUCCUGGAGCAUGUGCACAGGAACAGAUUCCUCACCGUCUGACUGUAUGCGGGAGAAAUCCUUCUUCUGCCGGAUAAGCGGAGGCCGCGAGCAGGAGGGGAACCUGCAGUACUAUCCCUUCCGCAUGACGCCCUACCUGAUGAAAGUGCAGGACACGGAACAUGCCGAAGACCAGUUCUGCUGCUUGCUGCUGGCUGAGAGGGUGCACUCUGGGUAUGAAGCUCCUCGGAUUCCCACAGACAAACGGAUUUUUACCACCACGCAUACACCAAACUGUGUGUUCCAGGAUGUCGAUGAGCGGGCUGUACCGCUACUGGGAUACCUGCCACAAGACCUCAUAGGCACAUCAGUCUUGCUGCACCUCCAUCCAAGCGACCGGCCUGUCAUGCUGGCCAUUCACAGGAAGAUCCUACAGUUUGGGGGACAACCAUUUGACCACUCCUCCAUCCGCUUCUGCGCCCGCAACGGCGAGUACAUCACCCUGGACACCAGCUGGUCCAGCUUCGUGAACCCCUGGAGCCGAAAAGUGUCUUUUAUCAUCGGCAGACACAAAGUCCGCAUGGGUCCUGUGAAUGAGGAUGUGUUUGCACCCCCUCCGUUUGCUGAGGGGAAGUCCAUGGACCCUGACGUCCAAGACAUUACCGAGCACAUCCACCGUCUGCUGCUGCAGCCAGUUCACAGCAACUGGUCCGGUGGCUAUAGCAGCAGUGAGCACCUGCUCAACAUGGCAUCAUCGGGUGAGAGCAACGGCACCGGAGUCAGAACUAGGCCUGAAGAAGAGGAGGCCCUGCAGGCCAGGCCACGCACGUUCCAGGAGAUCUGCAAGGAUGUCCACAUGCAGAAAAACCUAGAGCAACAGCUUGUAUCCUACUCGGCUAAAUCUGAAUCCAAGAGAGGCGCUGACACAGAAACUCAACAGAAGAGCCCUGUGGUGAAGGCCAAAGUAGGGACUCUGGACUGGAGGGAAAGUGUCGGUGCGCUGGGGGACCGCCCCCCGGUACAGGAAGAGUUGACCUACAAGGACCAGCCUGUCUACUCCUACCAGCAGAUCAGCUGUCUGGACAGUGUCAUCAGGUACCUCGAGAGCUGCAAUGUCCCAGUCACCGUGAAACGCAAGUGCCAGUCCUCCUCCAACACCACCUCCUCAGAUGAAGACAGGAAAAAAUCCCCCGAUGCCAUGCAGGUGUCCAAAGAACCAGCACUUGCAGAGACCGAAAGCCACCAUGUAGGCAUGAAGGCACCAAAGAAGCGGGCAAGUGGUUCCGUCGUGGGGUCGUCGCUGGCACCGUUGGCUCUGCCCAGUAAGGCAGAGAGUGUGGUUUCCAUCACAAGCCAGUGCAGCUACAGCAGUACCAUCGUCCACGUGGGGGACAAGAAGCCUCAGCCAGAGUCGGAGAUCAUUGAGGACGUAGCUGGAGCAGGGGAGUCUGCGGAAGGCUCCGCACCAGUCCCUCCUCCUUGUGCGGUGUCACCACCUAUCCAGGAGAGAGAGCCUUACAAGAAGCUGGGUCUAACCAAGCAGGUGCUGGCAGCCCACACACAGAAGGAGGAGCAGGCCUUCCUGUGCCGCUUCCAGGAGCUGCGUGGUGGGCGAUCUUUCCAGGCUGACUGCUCCCUCUACCUGGACCGGCAGCAUGGCACUGACGUGGCACCAGCUGUGAGAUCGAACAAGCAGGGUGCGACUAGAGCAGAGCCGGUGCAAAGGAGAGGAAGUAGUGGGGUGCCCAAGAAGGGAGGACGCAACAAAAAGACCAAGUGGAAGCGUGCCAAGCAGCACGAGUCGUCAGACAGCACAGCUUCCCGCUGCCCACAGCCCUCUCGUGCCCCCCUGCCCAACUUCAACCAGACCUGCUGGUCUGCCUCUGACACAUCCCAGUCCACCUUUUCUAUGGCCUACCCAGCUGUCAUGCCUGCCUACCCAGUGCAGCUGUACUCGGGGCCCAGGGCCGACAGCGCCUUGUCCAGCUUUGCAGAAAACCAGGGCAAUCGGGAGCCACGCUGCUCCGUACCUUCCUCGCCGUACACCGCUCCCUUGGUUACCCCCAUGGUGGCCCUGGUGUUGCCCAACUACAUGUUCCCUCAACUAGGAGGUGCCCCACGCCAGCCCUUCUACCCAGAGGGGGCCUCCUUCCCGCUUCAGCCUCAUUACCCUGGCCAGACCCACUUCCCAGCCCCAGCUGCCUUCCCAGUGCAGUCGCAGUUCUCUCCUCAUAAUCCCUACCCCCCUCAGGCAGCUUUUCCGACCCAACCUACGUUACAGACCCCAUCGUUUCCCUACGGCAUGCCGGCAGAAUCCACAAAGGCCUUGGGAACAGGUGUACAGGAUGCCCCUUCUCGCUCCUCCACCCCGCAGUCUCUGGCUGUACACGACCAGGCCUCGCCUCCACUCUUCCAGUCCCGUUGUAGCUCUCCUCUGCAGCUCAACCUGUUGCAGCUGGAGGAGACGCCCCGCUCCGUGGAGCACCAGGACAGCUUGACACCCUGUACUGCUGCCCAGGUCAACAACACAACAGAGAAGGGGAGCACCGCUAGAGUUCCGAAGCCUGCCAAGGAACUGCAGCUGGUGAGCUCUGCACAUGAGGCACAGCACAGUGAUGGCCACUCAUCUUCCAGUGAUCUGCUGGACAUCUUGUUGCAGGAGGACUCGCGUUCUGGGACCGGAUCGGCCACAUCAGGUUCAUUGGGCUCGGGAUCCAAUGCCUGUGACACAUCUGCCAGUGGCCGAGGAAGCAGCCACACCAGCAACAACAGUAGCAAGUAUUUUGGCAGCGUGGACUCAUCCCACACCAGUCAGCAGGGGGUGCUAACGCACGCCGGGGGAGCCUUGGAGGAGCCCAACAAACAUUUUGUUAAGUACGUACUCCAGGACCCACCCUGGUUGCUUAUGGCCAACGCAGGACAAGCGAUCAUGAUGACCUACCAGCUGCCCUCGCGGGAUCUGCAGAAGGUGCUGAAGGAGGACAGGGAGAAACUGAGACACAUGCAGAAGGGUCAGCCACGCUUCAGUGAGGAGCAGAAGAAGGAGCUGAUGGAGGUACAUCCCUGGAUGAGGAAAGGAGGUCUGCCCAGAGCCAUUGAUGUCCAGGCCUGCAUGUGCUGCGAAGACCUGACUUCAGUCCUAACUGAAGAGGAGCCCCCUGAUCUGGACAUGGGAGAGACAAGUAGCAGCACCUGUCAGAAAGGCAGCGAAGAAAUGCUGCCAAACGAGUCAGACUGUCACGGCCACAACUUCGCCCCGAACAUCAGCACCUGCCCGAAAUCAAAACAGCGGGGUAUAAAGAAGCCGCACCUAUACACCCUGGUUGCGGAAUCUCAUUUGAGACACCCGUCUCUCCAGCACUCUCGAGUGAAAUCGCGACAACGUACCCGGCCUUCCAAGUCCCUCGUUCUCCUCAAUCCCUCGUUCCCACUCCUGACGUCCACAGCUCCCGAAACUUGCGUUGCCUCCUCGACUACGACAUCGGAUUCUCUCCAAAAUCUACGUUUGUGCAUCGACCGACCCACGCCUGUCCCCGACCAGAAAUCCUGCCUGCUUCCCUUGUGUACUGACAAUAAAGAUCCCACAAUUGAGUCCACACACCUACCUCAGUCUCCCACCCACUCAGAAUGACAUGGACCAUGUUGCUGUUAAGUGUCUAGUGUGUGUUACUGUAUUUAGCUUUAAUUUUUUUGUUUUA